CCACAAAAGAGGUUCUUUUGCUUUUCUUCUCCGCUCUGGUUCUACCCAUGAUGAUGAGAUGAACUCACGGACAAACAAAUCUGCAAAAUACACAGUAAGAGGUUCUGGGAAGUGAUAUUGAACAUCCAUUACAGCGGAAAAUAUUGAUUAGGAGCGUCGAGUGUUCAACUUCGUCUAGCAAACAUUAAUGGAAGACGAGGAUACAGGGAAAUCCAAGCUAGUGGCUUCUACUGAGGAUCUUGAGAUGGACUACAUAGAAGAUGAAGAAGACGUAAAUAGAGACGAAGAAGAUGGGAAUGAAGAAGAAGAAGAAGAUGGAGAUGAUGUAUUUACACUUGCAUUCCAUGGGGAGAUGAAUCCCUUGGAUUUAACAGAGGAUGAUGCCUUUGGAGUUCAACCCUAUCAGAAAUUUGAGCGGCUUGAAUAUGAAGCUUUGGCUGAAAAAAAGCGAAAACUGCUGAAUAACCGCCCUCGUGAUGCUCCUUCAAAGAAGUCGAGGCAAGAGGAUGAUUAUGUUAGGAAAGUUGAUGAGCUCAUGGGAGGGAUGGUUAUGUGGAAAAAGUCAAAAGAGCUUAAGAGAAAGGGUAGAAAGAAGGGAUCCAGAAACAAACUUAGCCCUGAAGUCACCAAGAAAAUUGGUGAGGCUAAUAUCUUUUAUGCUAAACGGCAAUAUGAAGAGGCAAUACCUAUACUGAAGGGGGUAAUUAUGCUUGCUCCAAAUUUGUCCGAAACUUACCACACUCUUGGCCUUGUCUAUGAGGAAAUUGGAGAUAAUAAAAAGGCCAUGAACUUUUACAUGCUUGCUUCUCAUUUGGCACCCAAGGAACAUCCAUCUCUUUGGAAGAGGCUUGUAGCUCUGUCUAUAGAGCAAGGAAAUACUGGCAUGGCUACGUAUUGCCUCUCUAAAGCAAUAAAGGCCGAUCCUGAAGAUUUGGGUCUUAGAUUUGAUCGUGCAUCACUUCACGUCGAGCUUGGUGAAUAUCAUAAAGCUGCGGAAUCAUAUAAUCAAAUAGUAGGACUCUGUCCUGAAAAUGUUGAAGCACGAAGGAUGGCUGCGAAGAUGUUUAAUAGCUGUGGUCAGGUAGAGCAGUCGAUCAGCAUUCUGGAAGACUACAUCAAAGAGAGAAUAUCAGAUCCACAAUGGAGUGUGAUUGAUCUUUUAGCCACCAUACUCAUGGAAAAUAAUGAACAUUUUAAGGCACUUCAGCAGAUUGAGCAUGCACGUACUAUUCACUGCGCUAAGGAGCAGUUGCCACUGAGUUUAAGUGUUAAAGCAGGAAUUUGUCAUGUUCAUCUUGGAAAUAUUGAACAGGCUGAGAAUUUAUUCAGGAAUUUGCAAAUGAAGCAUAAUGGAGAUAACACUGGAUUAAUUACAGCCGUGGGAAACACAUAUAUGAAUCUGGGGCAUUAUGACUCUGCAUUGAAGUAUUAUUUCAUGCUAGAAGAAAUGGAUCAAAAUGGCCACGGAGUCUUGCAUAUGAAAAUUGCUCGGUGUUACCUAUCAUUAAAGGAACGAAGACAAGCUAUUACGUUCUUUAAUAAAUCUUUGAGUACAAAGGAAAUGGAGGGCGAUGUUGAUGCUCGCCUAACUUUGGCUUCCCUUCUUCUUGAAGAAGAAGAUAAAGAGGAUGAGGUGGUUAAAUUGCUUUCUCCUCCAGAGGAUUUGGCAUCAACAACUGAUACAAGCUCAAUGUCUCCUAAACCUUGGUGGAGUCAUCCGAAAGUUAAAAUGCAACUUGCCCGUAUAUAUCAUUCUAAAGGAAUGCUUGAAGACUUUGUUGAGGCAAUUUUAUCAUCUGUUCGUGAAACACUGUUUACCGAAAGUUUGAACCAGAAAGUUCGAUCAAAGAAAAGGCUCUCGAAAAGCACUCUCGAUGAAAGGGUAAAAUUACUGGAUGAUCACCACCCAGAUGAUGUAUUUCGUGGUUUUAGACCAUUAGCAGCACCGUCGGAACUGUUAAAAGCUUCUAGAGCGAAAAAGUCACUUCAAAAGAAGGCAGCUCUGAAGGAGGAGAGAAAGGCUGCUGUCAUUGCAGCGGGCCUGGAUUGGCACAGUGAUGAUUCGGAUGAAGAGUCUAGGCAACAAGCACUGAGAGAGCCGCCUUUGCCAAAACUCCUAAAAGAUGACGAACAUUAUCAGCUUAUUUUAGAUCUGUGCAAAGCAUUGGCAUCACUGCGAAGAUAUUGGGAAGCCCUAGAGAUUAUUAAUCACAGUCUAAGAUUAGCAGACAACAUACUUCCGCUUGAGAAGAAAGAGGAGCUUCGGUCUCUUGGAGCUCAGAUAGCGUACAACACUACCGAUCCAACAUCGGGUUAUGACUGUGCAAGAUUCAUUGUUCAGCAGCAUCCCCGCAGCUUUGCCGCCUGGAAUUGCUACUACAAAGUUAUUUCAAGGUUGGAGAAUAGGUUGGCGAAGCAUGUAAAGUUUCUGCAUAAUAUGAGGUGCACACACACUGAAUGUGUACCUCCCAUGAUCAUUUUUGGGCAUCAGCUCACCAAUAUCAGCCAACAUCAAGCAGCUGCAAGAGAGUAUCUUGAAGCAUAUAAACUAAUGCCAGACAGUUCGUUGAUCAAUCUUUGUGUUGGGACUGCUUUAAUCAACUUAGCCCUUGGGUUUAGACUACAAAACAAGCAUCAAUGUCUAGCACAAGGGUUUGCAUUUCUCUUUAGCAAUUUAAGACUUUCGGGAAAUAGCCAGGAAGCCUUGUAUAAUAUCGGUCGGGCGUGUCAACAUGUUGGUCUGGUUACUCUAGCAGUUUCAUAUUAUGAAAAGGUGUUGGAAAUGCGGGAGAAGGAUUACCCAAUUCCAAAGCUUCCAAAUGAGGAUUCAAGUAUUCAAGAAACUAAGAAAUCGGGUUACUGUGACCUCCGAAGAGAAGCUGCUUACAAUUUGCACUUGAUCUAUAAGAAGAGUGGGUCUCUGGAUCUAGCCAGGCAAGUUCUCAAAGAUCAUUGUACUCUUUAAAGGUAUUAGGUCAAAGUAAUCCUCCCGAUAGAAGUUCAGGAUCUUCAUCACGUAUAUGGAUAGAAUUUAGUUAGGAGUUGCAGAUUACCUUUCAGAUCAUCAUCCUUCUUUGGAGUUCUUCGUAUUUAUUUCUGGUUCAGUUAUGAAAGACUUGAAAUUCUCGUACUUGAGGUAAGUCCCCUGAAGUCUGUUACUUAACCUUCUAUUUUUUGUUUUUGACUUGAGUUUCCUUAACCUUUCUGUUCAUGUCAAACAAUUGAUUUGAUGCGGAACUGAUGGAAGUAAAAUUGUCAAUGACGUGGAUACAUUAUUGAACAACUUCCACUCGGCUGAUUGCAUGAGGUGAAAUUAGCCGAAAAUUAUAAAAUUACAAUAAUGAUGAAGUGAAAGAAUAAUUAUAAAUCUCGAAUAUUAUGAUAUUAAGAACUAAGCUUAUUUAUGACAUUUUAGUGAUUUAAGCACUAAGCUUUUCUGAACUGUAUAAGGAAAAAUAAUAAGAUAUUAAUCUUUU